AUACAUUUUACAUAACCUUUCGCUAUGCCGGUUUCAGUCAAAAUGAUUGUUCCGUUUUAAAAAAUUUAAUAAAAAAUAUGAUCCCAAGAAAUUUAAAAAUACCAGGCGAUGUGGUCCCUUCGAAGAAGGAAAGUCAAGGGUAUAUCGAUGAUUUAAAAAAGAAAGAGAGAUUUCAGUUGGAAGAGCUUUUAGAAAGGCAGAAAAAAAUUCUUGCUAAUAAAAAAUUUAUCUCAAGACUUCCCGACAAAGGAGAGAAAAUUAUAAGCUUCUACAAUAAUAUACAGAAGGAACUCGAACACAGAAAUGAAGUGGAAGAAGCGGCUAAUGUACUGUCGCGGCUUAACAUAGCAUCCGAAGGCAAAGUGGCUAUGAUUAAACUGGAAUGGACAGGAAAAUAUAAUGAAAGGGAUAAGGAAAAUAUGAAAAUCAUUGACUUUGAUAGUGAUGACGAGGAGGAUCCACUAAAAAUACUAGCACAGCCUACAGGAACUGGUGUCCACAAGAAGAAAAUUAUAUGUAUGGUACUUGAAGAAAGCUUCAUCAAACCUGAAGACAUAGCAGAGAUUGAAACCUUUAAAACAGAUCCUUUAGACACAGAGCAUGUCAAGUAUAUUGUUGAUAAAGUAGAGAAGGUACAGGAAGUGAGAAAAAGGGAAUCAUUUAAACCAUAUAAAACAACAAAGAGCAAUGUACAUGAUCCAAUGAAGGAAAAACAAAGAAAAUUGCAUAAAUAUUGGGAAGUCACGGCAGCUACACCACCUCUUAUAGUUCACGGAGCAGCUAAGGUUCUGAGUUUGAACGAAUCUUUAAAAUUACAGAAGGAACAAACUGAAAAAUUACAGGAAAUUCAAGCGAAACAUGCAGUGGAACGUCUAGCUAAUCAAAUAGGAUAUAGUACUGGUCCUACACCACAAAAUAUAGGCAGUUAUCGCACACAAUAUACGAACGGUUUACUUUCUUCAUCUUCUUCUGAUGAUGAAGAGGAACACGAAGUGCACGAUGAGGAAGAUAACGACAGAAGUGGAACAGUUGUAUUUACUGUAGAUUCUAUAGAAAGCUAACAAAGAUUGUUAAAUAUUGCGAUAUGCACGAAAAAUUAAUUCUAAGAAUA